AUGUCUACCUCACGCAUCUCCCACUCGCCCUCCCUCCGCCUCGCGGCCAGCGUCUUCGGAGCCAUCUUCCUAGCUUUCGGCAUCAACGCCAUACUCCGCCCCCAGCAUGCCCUCUCCUUUUUCGAGUUCUCCCCGCCAGCCUCCGCCUCAGACGCGGCGCUCGUCGACAGCCUGAUGGUGAUAUACGGCGCGCGGGACAUAUUCAUGGGCCUGGCCAUCCACGCAGCCGCGUACUUUGGAGACCGCAGGGCGUUGGGCUGGAUCAUGAUCGCGGGCAGUGGUGUGGCGUUUGUGGAUGGUGCUGUUUGUCGGGCGCAGGUUGGGAGGGGGGAGUGGAAUCAUUGGGGGUAUGCGCCAGUUUUAACGGCGGUGGGUGGGAUGUUGCUCGGCGUUUUGGACGGAGCGUAA